AAUCAAAUUUUCAAUAAAACAAAAGCUUUUGGAAAGUCUCUAGCUGAAGCUUCCUCCAAAUAAAUCACAGAUUGAAAACCCUAAUUUUCCAGUCUCAGCUUUUUGCACAGAGCCUUAUUGUUUUCCGAGAAAACUUCUUUCAAGGAUAUCACAUGGCUAGUGCUGAUCAUAAAAGUGAGCUUGAAUGGAUAGGGAGAAUCAGAUCAGAGGGAGCUGUUCCACUUCUCGAGCCAGAUAACUGUCCAAAUGGCUGGGCUUCCCCACCUGCAGACAAGUUCAUGGUCAGAGGUCCAGAGUACUUCUCAACCAGAGUUAAAGUUCCCGCUGGUGAAUAUCUUCUAAAGCCUAUUGGCUUUGAUUGGAUUAAAAGCUCCACAAAGAUUGCGGAGGUCUUGAAUGAUCCAAACAACCGAGUUAGGAAGGUUAUCGAGGACGAGUUUCCAGAAGGCAAUAAGCCUUUUGUUUGGGCUUUCAAUCUACAAGUCCCAAGCAAGGAAAAUUAUAGUGCUGUGGCAUAUUUUGCUGCAGUCAACCCUAUUCCGGAGGGAUCUUUGAUGGAUCAAUUCUUGAAGGGCGACGAUGCAUUUAGGAUGUCUAGGCUUAAAUUGAUAGCCAACAUUGUCAAGGGUCCUUGGAUUGUGAGAACAGCAGUUGGGGAGCAGGCCAUAUGCAUAAUUGGGCGUGCACUUUCCUGUAAGUACUGUUCAGCAGAGAAUUUCUUAGAAGUUGAUGUAGAUAUUGGAUCCUCCAUGGUUGCAAGUGCCAUAGUUCAUCUGGCUAUUGGUUACAUCACAACACUUACUGUUGACCUAGCCUUUCUCAUUGAAAGCCAAACGGAAUCAGAGCUUCCAGAAAGAAUAUUAGGUGCUGUAAGAUUUUCCGAGCUAAACCUUGCCUCGGCUCAGCCAAUUGAAUUGUCAUCUGAUAGAAGCGAUGCUAAUUUGCAGUCGUCUCUAUCUACACGAUUGUGGAAGUCAAUUGGGCAGGGUUUUUCCAACAUUCUUCAUCCUGGUGCCCAAGAAAGUGGCUCUAGCACUGGCUCAGUACAUGCUAAUGGGGGUGUCGAUCAUGAAGACAGUUUCAAAGGCCUGAAGAAAUGAUCAACAACAGCAAGGUGAAAGCGAAAUUUAUGUUGACUCCUAGUCAUGCUGUCUGCUUCUCUCAAGUUAUAUCAGUCCCUUGGGUAAGUUGUAUGACCAUAGGCAAGUCCAUUAGGCAUCUUCUUCAUUAGCAGGAUUUUAGAUUUAUUGGCUUUAGGAAUAUGGUAUAGUAAUUGUUUUAUUGUUUAUUGUUUAAAGCUAAGAAAGUAUAUAAGCCUACCCCAAAAAGAGAAAAAAGAAAAAGAAAAAAAAAAAUUAAGGACAGUAGCAUUUUCUUUUGUAAUGGAUUUUAUCAUAAGUAGAAUUUAUUGAAUUCCAUUCGAUUAAAUUGAAGCAAAAUUGCUAUUGAAUUUUAUU